AUGGCACUCCUAGUAGACAAACACCGUCCCCGCAACCUCGAGGCUCUGAACUACCACCCAGAGCUUUCAGACCGCCUCAGGGCUCUCGCACAAAGCGGUGACUUCCCUCAUCUUCUGGUCUACGGACCGUCUGGCGCAGGCAAGAAGACUCGCAUCGUCGCAACACUCAAGGAGCUUUACGGUCCCGGUGUCGAGAAGAUCAAGAUCGACGCCCGCGUGUUCCAAACCACCACCAACCGCAAGCUCGAGUUCAACAUCGUCGCAUCCGUAUACCAUCUCGAAAUCACACCCUCAGAUGUCGGCAACUAUGAUAGAGUGGUCGUGCAGGAUCUGCUCAAGGAGGUUGCGCAGACACAACAAGUCGACUUGGGCGCAAAGCAGCGCUUCAAAGUCGUCGUGAUCAAUGAGGCAGACCACUUGACCCGAGAUGCGCAGGCGGCGCUCAGAAGGACCAUGGAGAAAUACAGCCCUAACUUGCGAUUGAUCCUGUUGGCCAACUCCACAAGCAACAUCAUCGCACCCAUUCGGAGCAGAACACUGCUUGUCAGGGUGGCAGCACCUACGGAGGACGAAAUCUGCGGGGUUCUGGGGACCGUGGGCAGGAAGGAAGGCUGGAGCGAGGUCGCGCCGCUCAACAGGAGGAUUGCGAAGGAGAGCGGGAGAAAUCUGCGCAAGGCUCUGCUCAUGUUUGAAGCUGUUCACGCGCAAAACGAGAAAGUCACAGACCAAACGCACAUCCCGCCACCGGAUUGGGAAGCACUCAUCGAGCAGAUUGCAAGACAGAUCGUCGAGGAGCGGAGUCCACAACGAUUACUGCAAGUCCGCGCCUCGCUAUACGACCUCCUCUCGCACUGCAUCGACUCGACAACCAUCAUCAAGACACUCACGUGGAAGCUGAUACCCAAGACGGACGAUGCGCUCAAGCCAGAAGUCAUCAAGUGGGCUGCUUUCUACGAGCACCGCUGCAAAAUGGGCAGCAAGCAGAUCUUCCAUCUAGAAGCAUUCGUUGCGAAGUAUAUGAGGUUAUACGAGAGCUUCUCCAUGGGCAUUGAUUUCGACUCGGCAUAG